CCCAAGUAUCACGCAUGCGCACAGUGCACAGAAGGCCUUGCAAAUACCAGGUGCAGGUUAAAAACGAGAAGGAAUUUGUCUCCAGGAAGCUCAAACAUGACACGCCAGUUUUGCUGUCUCUGUCUAGAUAUUUAAGAAGUGGAGCAAGGGAUUCAAUCGACCAUCCUUCCUGCUCAGACUGUGGGGACGGAUUCACUCGGUUAACUGACCAACUGGCAUGUCUGUCAUUUUACACAGGAGAAAGGCCAUUCACCUUCUCAGACAGUGGGAAUGGAUUCACUCGGUCAUCUCAACUGAAGGUACAUUAGCAAGUUCACACUGGGCAAGGCCAUUCACCUGUUCUGUGGGUGAGAAAGGAUUCAAUCAGUUUUCCCUCCUGUGGACACGCCAGUCAGUUCACACCAGGCAGAAGCUGGUCAUCUGCUGAAUUUCUGGGAAAAGAUUCACUCAGUCAUCUGACUUAAUGGCUCACCAGCGAGUUCACAUCAGGGAGCGGCCAUUCACUUGCUCAGUCUGUGGGAAGAGAUUCAUUAAAUCAUCCCACCUGCUGAGUCAUCAGCGAGUUCACACUGGGGAGAAGCCGUUCACCUGCUCAGAAUGUGGGAAGAGAUUCUCUGAGUUAUCCAACCUACAGAAUCAUCAGCGAGUUCACACUGGGGAGAAGCCAUUCACCUGCUCAGAAUGUGGGAAGGGAUUCACUCAGUCAUCCCACCUGCAGAGACACCAGCGAGUUCACACUGGGGAGAAGCCGUUCACCUGCUCAGACUGUGGGAAGAGCUUCACUCACUUAUGCAACCUACAGAAUCAUCAGCCAGUUCACACCGGGGAGAGGCCAUUCACCUGCUCAGAAUGUGGGAAGGGAUUUACUCAGUCAUCCAGCCUACUGAGUCAUCAGCGAGUUCACACUGGUGAGAGGCCCUUCACCUGCUCAGAAUGUGGGAAGGGAUUCACUCAGUCAUCCCAUCUGAAGGUUCAUCAGCGAGUUCACACUGGGGAGAAGCCAUUCACCUGCUCAGUCUGUGGAAAGGGAUUCACUGAUUCAUCCACCCGGCAGAAACAUCAGCGAGUUCACACUGGGGAGAAGUCGUUCACCUGCUCAGAAUGUGGGAAGGGAUUCACGGAUUCAUCCUGCCUACUGGUACAUCAGCGAGUUCACACUAGGGAGAAGCCGUUCACCUGCUCAGAAUGUGGGAAGGGAUUCACUCAGUCAUCCCACCUGCAGAGACAUCAGCGAGUUCACACUGGGGAGAAGCCAUUCACAUGCUCAGAAUGUGGGAAGAGAUUCACUCAAUCUUCCACCCUACAGGCACACCAGCGAAUUCACACUGGGGAGAAGCCAUUCACUUGCUCAGUCUGUGGGAAACAAUUCACUCUGUCAUUCCAACUACUGAAACACCAGCGAGUUCACACAGGGGAACGGCCGUUCGCCUGCUCAAAAUGUGGGAAGAGAUUCGCUGGAUCAUCAAACCUACAGAGACAUCAGCAAGUUCACACUGGGGAGAAGCCGUUCACUUGCUCAGUCAGUGGGAAGGGAUUCACUCAGUCAUCCCAACUACUGUCUCACCAGUCAGUUCACAAUGGGGAGUGGCCAUAGUUAUGAAUUCCUGGGUUUCGUUUGCUGCGGACUGUCAUUUUAAGAGAGAGCGAGAGAGAUUACGAAGGUGAAUCAGUCUGACUUGCAGCUUGUUUGCAUCCCUUGCAGCUUGUUUCGUUUUAACCAAGGACACAGACAAUCAGAGUCAGACAGAGACGAAGGAGGAAAAAUGGAAGGAUCGACACCUGGGAACUAGAGGCCAACUAGAGGUUUGGAACUUUCCUAUGCCCACAAGGUCGGGUUAAUUAUCAAUUCACCAUACAUCAAAUUUGUAGUUGUCACCGUGUUUGAUCCAUAGGAGUGGAUCUGAUUUGGGGUGUCCUAUGAAGACCACAGAUGUGUUAACCCUUCCCUAGGUGUGGUGUGGUAAUUCACUUGAAGACGAUACCGCUUGUGACAAGUCACUUUCGGUGAUAAAUCUUAUGAGGGUUUGGAAUGACGACAAAUAAAAUCGACAGCGACUGUUGUGUGGUUUUACCACCAUGGAACCUGUGGAAUUCAACAUAAUUGCCUUCUCUCAACAUUUACCCUGGAUUACAAAUAUCUCUCUCAUCACCUGAACUUUCAUACUUUGCUAUCUCAAGAAUCCAAGCCUUGUUUCUCCAGAGCUCAAUAGUUUGGGAGUUUUAUUUAAACACAUAUAUACACAUAACAUUAUUAACUUUUGUUUAUCUUGCAUAAGUUACUAUAUUACAAGUAGAUUCUAAUAAAGAUAGUUUUAACAUUAAAAACAGACUCCAGGUAUAGUCUAUUGCUGCUGGUUCGUUUCUAAAACGUUAUGAUUCGUAACAAAAUUGGGGCCUGUAUAUGAACAGAUUUGGGGGCGUAUUCAUUAAUUAUCAAUUUCAUCCCUUUUCAUUUAUUUGUGUGUGGAAAACCAGCAGAAAUGGAUGCUGUUAGAUGUCUGGAAGCACCAACCUCUGCGGCAUUAGAGGACGCCAGAAGGAUUGAGUUGUUGAGUCUUGCUAGAAGGGUAAAACUUGCUAUGGUGAAAUUGACAAUGAGGAGGGCACAGAUGCAGAGGAUAAUAGCUGAACAUUAUGAAUUUGUUGGUGUUUUUAAAGUGGAGGAGUUGGAGGUGUUUCCUGAAAGUAAACCUAGUGAGCUUGAGCUCCAGUACAAGUGAGAAAAAUUAAACUGGAGGCUGCGGAAAGGCAGAGGCAGUUUGAGGCUAGAGAAGCAGAAAAAACAGAGAAGAGGCAGAAAAAUGGAGGGAGGAAACAGAAAGACAGAGGCUGUUUGAGCUGGAAAAGAUAAAGAGGUUGCUGCAAAGGAGUCCAGCGUUUUUCUCUGGUGAUAAAUUUGAGGCCAGUUGGGAAGUUAAAUUGGUCCCUCCAUUUGACGAGGCAGAGAUUGAUAAAUACUUUCAGCAUUUUGAGAAGGUUGCUCAGAGUUUAAAGUGGCCAGAAGGGGUUUGGCUUAUUCUCUUACAAAGUGUAAUUAAGGGGAAGGCACAGCAAGCCUAUUCUGCUUUGACAGUUGAUGAAGCAGCUGAUUAUGACAUAGUGAAACAGGCUGUGCUCAAAGCUACGAGUUUGUCCCAGAAUCAUACAGGCAAAAGUUUAGAAAUUUGAGGAAAUCCGUGAACCAGACUUUUAUGGAAUUUGCUUAUGAGAAGAUAGUGUGUUUUGACCGCUGGUGCACAUAUAAAAAUGUGAAUGAUGAUUUUAACAGCUUGAAAGAGUUGGCUUUAAUUGAAGAAUUCAAAAGGUGCGUCCCUGAUGACAUAAAGACAUAUUUAGAUGGAAAGGAUGCUGCCACUUUGCAGGAGUCUGGGAAACAGUUGAAGGAGAAAUAUUCUGGUCUUACUUGUUACUAUUGUAAGAAAGCUGGUCAUGUGAUGGCUGAUUGUUCUGUCCUGAAGAUGAAAAAGGAAAAGGAGGCAGUCCCAAAUGCCCGUGGUCAGUAUGUUGAAGCACCUAUAAAUCCGCAGGGUCCUGGACAUUCUAUUGAGGCUCAUUUGAGGUCUGAGAGGUCUGACCAAGUUAAGAAGGGAUUAGAUCAUUUUAUGUCAGAUGGGUUUAUAUUAGUAAAGGAAGGGUCAACCCCGGUAACAGUGAACAUUUUUUGAGUUACUGGGGCUUCUCAGUCACUUAUGUCAGACAGCGUUCUAAAGUUUGGUGAUGAUUCUAACACUGGUGAGGUAAAUCUUAUUAAAGUCAUUGGGGGCGACAUGGUUUCCGUGCCAUUGCACAAGGUAACUUUACUGUCAGGGUUGAUUUCAGGACCUGUUAAGAUCAGAUUAUGCUCCAGUUUACCGGUGGAAGAUGUUAGUUUGCUGUUAGGGAAUGACCUGGCAGAUUGUAAAGUUGUUCCUGCAGUGCAGUUGACAACUAACUCAACCACUGACGACCCACAGAUGGAUUUUAACAUUUAUCCUUCCUG